AUGCUGAGAGUCGGACCGGAGUUCGAGCAAAUCCAAGCCUCGCGGCCAGACUUCCGCCACGACGCUGAAGUCACAUUCACCAAGUCCCCGAACCCCGCAUGGAAGCAGGGCGAUGGCGCGAAUGACAGCGGCGAGUGCUUGAAGAAAGACCAUGUCGAGAUCGAUCCUCACGAGGAAGGCCGCCCCGUGGUGUCGAACUACAAACUCUUGAUCUCAGGAAUGGUUCCACGCCCAAUCGCACUCAUCAGCACCCAGUCUGCGGAUGGCAAAUCCACGAAUCUCGCCCCGUUCAGCUACGCACAAGUGAUCAACCAUGACCCGCCGAUGUUCACAGUUGGCUUCUCUGGGUCGAUGGAGAGAGCCAAGGAUUCCUUGAAGAACCUGAACGAGACUGGAGAGUGUGUCAUCAAUAUUAUCUCAGAGCAUUUCAUCGAAGCAGCCAACUCUACUUCUAUCAAUGCUCCGUACGGCGUGUCCGAGUGGGAGACUUCGGGAUUACACCAGGCGCCUACUUCGGUUGUGAAGCCCGCCCGUGUCAAGGAGUCCAUUCUGUCUAUUGAAGGGAAGCUUGUUGAGACGAAGGAGUUUGAGAGCCGGGUCACCCCGGGGAAGAAAACUGGAGUCCUGGCUAUUAUUGAGGGCGUCCGAUUCUGGGUUCGCGAUGAUGCUAUCAACGAAGAAAGGAAUGUCGUGGAUUUGAAGGUUCUUAAGCCUAUCAGUCGCUUGGGUGGUAUCUCAUAUGGUCGAACAACCGAGGCCAUUGAAAUUCCUAGGCCUCAGUUCGAGAGCUCUUGA